AUGACUGAUAUUCUGUUGGUAUUUUUCUCUUCUUUCCUCUUCUUUUCUCUUUCCUUUUCUCUGUUUCACUCUUUCUUUCCUCUUCCUUGUUUUCUCUUCUUUUUCUUUUUUCCUCUUUUUUCCUCUUCUCUGUUUUCUUUUUCUUCUUUCCUGUUUCACUCUCUUCUUUUUCUUUUUCUCUUCUUUCUCUUUCUGUUUCUCUCUUCUUUCCUCUUCCUGUUUCACUCUCUUCUUUUCUCUUUGUUCCCUCUACUUUCCUCUCUGUUUCUCUUCUUUCUUUCUACUGUCUUUCUUUUCUCUUUUUCCCUGUUUCCUCCUCUUCUUUUCUUUUCCUCUUCUCUCUUUUUCCUCUCUUCUUUCUUCUUUUCUCUUCUUUUUGUUUCCUCUCUUCCUUUCCCUGUUUCUCUCUUUUUCCUCUUUCUGUUUCUCUCUCUUCUUUUCUUCUUCUUUUCUCUUUUCUCUGUUUCUCUCUUCUUUUCUCUUUUUCCUCUCUUCUUUUCCUGUUUCCUCUCUUCUUUCUCUUUCUGUUUCCCUUCUUUCCUCUUCUCACUCUUUCUUUUCUCUUCUGUUUCUUCUCUUCUUUUUCUGUUUUCUCUCUUCUUUUCUUCCCUUUUCUUCCUUUUCUUUUCUCUUCCCCUGUUUCUCUUUUUCUUUUCUCUUCCCCUCUUCCCUUUCUCUCUUCUUUCCCUGUUUUCUCUUCUUUUCUCUUCCUGUUUCACUCUCUUCUUUCCCUGUUUCCCUUCUUUCCCUUCUUCUUUCUUCUUUCCCUCUUUCCUCUCUUCUUUUUCUUCUUUUUUUCUCUUCUUUCUUUCUUUUCCCUGUUUCCUCUUCUUUCCUCUUCCCAUUUCUCUCUUCUUUUUCCUGUUUCUCUCUUCUUUCUCUUUCUUUCUCUCUUCUUUCUGUUUCUCUCUUUCUCUUUUUCCUUCUUCUUUUCCUUCCUGUUUCUCUCUCUUCUUUCCUCUUCCCUGUUUCUCUUCUCUUCUUUUCUUUUCCUGUUUCUCUUCUCUUCUUUUCUCUUCCUCUAUUUCCUCUCUUCUUUUCUCUUCCCUCUUUCUCUCUCCUUUCCUCUUCUCUCUUCUCUUUCCUCUUCUGUUUGUCUCUUCUUUCCUCUUCUGUUUCUCUCUUCUUUCCUCUUCCCCUGUUUUCUCUUCUUUUUUCUCUCUUUUCCCUGUUUCACUCUCUUCUUCCUCUUCCUCUUUCACUCUCUUCUUUCCCUCUUCUCUUUUCUCUCUCCUUUCCCUGUUUCCUCUCUUCUUUUCUCUUCCCCUUUUCACUCUUCUUUUCCCUGUUUCUUCUCUUUUUUCUCUCUUCUUUUCCUCUUCCUGUUUCUCUCUUCUUUUCUCUUCCCUUUUCUCUCUUCUUUCCUCUUCCCUUCUUCUUCUUUUCUCUGUUUCCUCUCUUCUCUUUCCUCUUUCUUUUCUCUUCCUGUUUCUCUUUCUUUCCCCUCUUCCCUGUUUCCUCUCUUCUUUCCCUCUUCCUGUUUCCUCUUCUUUUUCUUUCCUUUCUUUUCUCUUCCUGUUUUCUCCUUUUCUCUUCCUUUUCACUCUCUUCUUUCCUCUUCCCUGUUUCUCUUCUUUUCCCUUUUCCUCUCUUCUCUUCCUUCCCUGUUUCCUCUCUUCUCUUUCUUUUCUUCCCUGUUUCUCUCUUCUUUUUCUCUUUCUCUUCCUCCCUCUUCCUGUUUCUUUCUUUUCCCUGUUUCUUCUUUUUUUCCUCUUCCUUCUUCUCUUCACUCUCUUCUUUCCUCUUCCCUGUUUCACUCUCUUCUUUUCUCUUCCCUGUUUCACUCUCUUCUUUCCUCUUCCCUGUUUCACUCUCUUCUUUUCUCUGUUUCCUGUCACUUCUUUUCUCUUCUCUAUUUCACUCUCUUCUUUCCUCUUCCCUGUUUCACUCUCUUUCCCUCUUUCCUCUCUUCCUCUUUCUUUCUCUCUUCUUUCCUCUUCCCUGUUUUCUCACUUUCUCUUCCCUUUCUUUUCUCUUCCCUGUUUCACUCUCUUCUUUUCCCUGUUUCACUCUCUUCUUUUCUCUUCCCUGUUUUUCUUCUUUUCUCUGUUUCCUUCUUUCUUCCUGUUUCCUUCUUCUCUUCCCUUUUCCUCUCUUCUUUUUCCCUGUUUCACUCUCUUCUUUUCUCUGUUUCAGUCACUUCUUUCCUCUUCUCUAUUCCUCUUCUUCUUCCCUUUUCUUCUUUUCUGUUUCUUCUCUUUCCUCUUCCUGUUUCACUCUCUUCUUUUCUCUUCCCUGUUUCACUCUUCUUUCUUUCUCUUCUUUCCUCUUCUUCUCUGUUUCCUCUCUUCUUUUCUCUUCCCUGUUUUCUCUUCUCUUUCUGUUUCUUCUCUUUUCUCUUCUCUAUUUCACUCUCUUCUUUCCUCUGUUUCACUCUCUUCUUUCUCUUCCCUGUUUUCUCCUUUCCUCUUCCCUUUCACUCUCUUCUUUUCUCUUCUCUAUUUCCUCUUUUCUCUUCUCUUUCCUCUCUUCUUUUCUCUUCCCUGUUUCCUUCUUUUUCCUCUUCCCUGUUUCCUCUUCUUUCCUCUUCCCUGUUUUCUCUUCUUUCCUCUGUUUCCUCUCUUCUUUUUUUCCCUGUUUCACUCUCUUCUUUUUUCUCUUCUCUGUUUCUUUUCUCUUCUUUUCCUCUUCCCUGUUUCAUUUCUCUCUUUCCCUUUCCCUGUUUUCUCUUCUUUUCUUUCCUCUCUUUUCUCUUCCUUUUCCUCUCUUCUUUCCCUGUUUCACUCUCUUCUUUUCCUCUUCCUUUCCUCUUCCUCUUCCCUGUUUCCUCUUCUUUUCUUUCCCUUCUUUUUUUCCCUGUUUCCUCUCUUCUUUUUCUCUUCUUCUUCUUCCUUUUUCUCUUCCUGUUUCACUCUCUUCUUUUCUUCCUGUUUCACUCUCUUUUCCCUGUUUCUCUCUUCUUUCCUCUUCCCUGUUUCUCUCUUCUUCCCUCUUUCCCUUGUUUCCUCUCUUCUUCUUCUUUUCCUCUUCCCUGUUUCACUCUCUUCUUUCCUCUUCCCUGUUUCACUCUCUUCUUUCCUCUUCUCUGUUUCUUCCUCUUCUCUGUUUCACUCUCUUCUUUUCUCUUCUCUAUUUCUUUUUGCCUAUUUUCUUUCUGUCCUUUUCACCCAGCUCUUUUACUUCACCUCUUAUUUAUUUCCUAAUGACUUUCUAUUUCUCCCUCCCAGGUUUCUUUUUCUACCUUUUCUCAUUGCCUUUCACCCCUCUUUAGUUUUUCUUAUCCAUUCUUUCCCUCGCAUCUUUCUUCCUCAUCCUUCUCCUAUUUCCAGACCUCCAACCUCAUCAAUGUUUUACACUUACUUUUCUACUAUCUUUUCUUCUCUCACUUCUGUUGUUAUAAUAAUUUUAUUCUUUUUCUUUCUUAUUCUUUUAAGUGUUCUCCCUUCUGCUUUCUCUCUCACUUUUUUUUUUUUUUUUUUAUUUUCCUUCUUCACUAAACAUUUUUUUUUCUCUGUACACACAUUAUCUUGUUUUCAUUCAAGCUCUCCUCUCCUUUUUUACAUCUCCAUUUCUUUUUUUCUAUAUAUUGCAAAUCUCUUGUCUCGUCCUCUACUCUACGUACCUUCUCCCUCUUGUAACCUUUUAAAUUCUCCCUCUCUUGUUUUUAUAUCUAUUUUCCUGUCUCUUUUGUUGAUAACCUAUUUUCUCCUCAUACCUCCUCUUUCUUUACCAUCUGUUAAUUUCUCUUACCUCCUCUCUUUCUCCAAUCUGCUAACUCUUCUCAGUUCUCCCUCAUACCUCCUCUUUCUUUACCAUCUGUUAAUUUCUCUUACCUCCUCUCUUUCUCCAAUCCAACUCUUCUCAGUUCUCCCUAACCUCCUCCUUUACCAUCUGUUCUCCUCUUUCUCCAUAACCUCCUCCCUCAUUUCUUUUUUUUACCAUCUGUUAAUUUUCUUACCUCCUCUCUUUCUCCAAUCUGCUAACUCUUCUCAGUUCUCCCUCAAACCUCCUCUUUCUUUACCAUCUGUUAAUUUUCUUACUUCCUCUCUUUCUCCAAUCUGCUUCUUCUCAUUCUCCCUCAUACCUCCUCUUUCUUUACCAUCUGUUAAUUUCUCUUACCUCCUCUUUCUCCAAUCUGCUAACUCUCCUCAGUUCUCCCUCAUACCUCCCUUUUCUUUACCAUCUGUUAAUUUCUCUUUUCUCUUUCUCCAAUCUGUUAACUCUUCUCAGUUCUCCCUCAAACCUUCUUUCUUUACCAUCUGUUAUUUCUCUUACUUCCUCUCUUUCUCCAAUCUCUUCUCAGUUCUCCCUCAUACCUCCUUUCUUUACCAUCUGUUAAUUUCUCUUUUACCAUCUGUUAAUUUCUCUUACCUCCUCUUUCUUUACCAUCUGUUAAUUUCUUUCUCCCUCAUACCUCCUCUUUCUUUACCAUCUGUUAAUUUCUCUUACUUCCUCUCUUUCUCCAAUCUGCUAACUCUUCUCAGUUCUCCCUCAUACCUCCUCUUUCUUUACCAUAUUUCUCCCUCAUACCUCCUCUUUCUUUUACCAUCUGUUAAUUUCUCUUACCUCCUCUCUUUCUCCAAUCUGCUAACUCUUCUCAGUUCUCCCUCAUACCUCCUCUUUCUUUACCAUCUCAAAUGUCUCUCUUACUUCUCUUUCUCUUUUUCCACCCAAUCAUUCUUUUACUUCCUCUCUUUUUCCUACUUACCACUUUCCUUUAAUCACUCUCUUACUUCCCUUCUUUUUCUCAUCUGCUAA